CGGGGUUUAUGACUGUGGUAACUAGUGACGACCGAAGGGGAGCGGAACCGGAAGCUGAACCGGAAGUGACUACACGGAAACGGCACUGCUGCUGACAACAACAGCAUUACGCUCGGGGAUAUCUCCCUUCUCCUUAACGUAGGUUAGAGACAGACGGAUUGCAUAUAUGAACUUGGAAACAUGUACAAUUUUCGGGGUAAUGAAGCGCACAAUAUCGGGAAAAGUUAAAGUGCACAAGUUGGUGAGGAAUUGCAAGCUAUCUUUCUGCUGUGUUUUAGCUAAGCAGGCUAACUAGCUAGCUAACGGCUCCAGGAAAGAAAAUGAAGGAGGUGAAGGGUUGCGGUAUGCGGUCCUCUGUGGGCUUUCUGUCUCAGAGAAGGCUUUUCGGGAACCCGCUGAUGAAGGAAGAAUUUCAGAGACUCCGGUUGGCAGGAUGCACAAGCCUUUACAAGAAAGAUAUGCUGGGACAUUUCGGGUGUGUAAACGCCAUUGAGUUUUCCAACAAUGGAGGGGAAUACCUUGUGUCCGGAGGGGACGACCGCAGAGUGCUGCUGUGGGAUAUGGAGAGAGUUCUCCAUGCUCGCUCGGCCAAGCCUCUCAUACUGAAGGGAGAACACCUCUCCAACAUCUUCUGCCUGGCCUUCGACAGCACCAACAAGAGGGUGUUCUCUGGGGGUAACGACGAACAGGUCAUCCUCCAUGAUGUAGAGCAAGGCGAGACUCUGAACGUGUUCCUUCACGACGAUGCGGUGUACGGCCUGUCCGUCAGCCCCGUUAACGACAACGUGUUCGCCAGCUCCUCCGACGACGGACGGGUCCUCAUCUGGGACACACGGCAGCCGCCACACGGAGAGCCCUUCUGUCUGGCCAACUACCCAUCAGCCUUCCACAGUGUGAUGUUCAACCCGGCAGAGCCCCGACUACUGGCUACAGCCAACUCCAAGGAGGGGGUGGGGCUGUGGGACAUCCGCAAGCCUCGCACUUCUCUGCUGCGGUACGGUGGUAGCAUGUCCCUGCAGAGUGCCAUGUCGGUGCGUUUUAACAGCGCAGGGACCCAGCUCCUGGCCCUGCGUCGCAGACUACCCCCGGUCCUCUACGAGCUACACUCUCGCCUACCCAGCUUCCAGUUCGACAACCAGGGCUACUUCAACUCCUGUACCAUGAAGAGCUGCUGCUUCGCUGGAGACAAGGAUCAGUACGUCUUGUCUGGAUCAGAUGACUUCAACCUUUACAUGUGGAGAAUCCCCAAGGAUCCUGAAGCAGGAGGCCCGGGGCGUGUGGUCAAUGGAGCGUCCAUGGUCCUGAAGGGUCACCGGUCCAUCGUGAACCAAGUCCGGUUCAACCCCAGCACCAAUAUGAUCUGCUCCUCCGGGGUCGAGAAGGUCAUCAAGGUCAGUAGUUAAGUCGUAGAUGUAUUAUUUUUGAUUUUUGAUUUAUUUUAUUUUAAUAAUCAUUCAGAUCACAGGUCGUGGGUGGGCGUAUGACUUGAUACAAUGAUUUGGUUCAUCAGUGGUUCAUGAAAUCAUCAGUGACAUAUCCCACAUCAUGAACAUCAAUUGAUUACAUCGUCGUGAUUUUAAAGUUCAUCAGUUCGGUUGUUUGAGUACUUUUAAAAAAUGCACAGAAUCUUGAAGGUAAUUGUUCUUUGCAAGAAAAGGAGAAACCGCCUGGGUGCUCACCGUGCCAUCAGAAUCAUUAUCUCAGCCCCUCCUAAACCCUCUGAAAG